AUGGCAAAUACAUCAGAUGGGACAUCAUUCAUAUUGGCUGCAUAUAGUGACAUGGGAGACCUGAGAUAUUUAGCUUUUACAGUUUUACUACUGUUGUAUCUUGUGAUCAUCUGUGUUAAUAUAUUGCUGGUAUAUGUGAUCUAUGCAAACAGGAGUCUGCAUGAGCCCCAGUACUUUUUACUCUGCAGUUUGGCAGUCAAUGGACUGUAUGGAAGCACUGGCUUGUUUCCAUCUUUGUUGUUCAACAUUGCAUCAGGAAACUAUACAAUUUCUAGAGUUCAUUGUCUGAUGCAGAUCUUCUGUUUGUACACAUAUGGGAUUGUGGAGCUGACAAGUUUAGCAGUGAUGGGUUACGAUAGAUACCUGUCUAUUUGUUAUCCUUUACAAUACAAUAUGAUCAUGUCACCAUCAAAAGUUCAUAAGCUUAUUUUGUUGAUCUGGCUGUUUCCAUUGGCUAUUUUUAGUGUUUUCUUCUUGUACUGUAUUCAGCUACCCUUGUGUAACUGGGUCAUCAACAAGGUGUACUGCGACAAUUAUUCAUUGAUCAAACUCGCCUGUGUUGACACUACCAUAAAUAAUAUAUUUGGAAUAAUGUUGAUAAUUGUUUGCAUUGUUUUACAAAGCCUCAUUAUCCUUUAUUCAUAUGUAAAGAUUCUUUCGAUUUGCCUGAAAUCCUCUAGAGAUUCAAGCAUUAAGGCGCUGAACACCUGUAUUCCCCAUCUAGUGACACUGUUAAACUUUGCAGCUGGUUCUGCAUUUGAACUAAUCCAAAGCAGAUUUAACAUGAGUCACAUGCCUUACAUGGCUCGUGUAAUAUUAUCAGUCUACUUUUUAAUAUUUCCUCCUCUUCUGAACCCUAUUAUCUAUGGAAUAAAGACUCAAGCCAUAAAGAGCAGAUUAAAAAUAAUGCUAUGUGAAAAGAUAGGGAUCCCUGUGACUGAAACACAGAAGAGGAUCAAAUGUAAUCCCCUAAAUUAA